CAGUUUAAGAGAUGGCCGUCUAUUUUAGUACCUUGGCUGGGGAAUGUGCCGUUGUCAUUUAAGAACACAGUGGGCACAGAUUAGUCUUUGAGUUCCUCAACUACCUCGUCACUCUUUUAGCCUCUUACUCCAACUGCAACACUCCCCUCUAAACUGCUCUCCUUCCACACACACCAACGUGUCAGGGACCUUUGCAGCUACGGUACCAUGGAGAACGUGGCGAUAUUUGACUCACCAGGAAAGGGACGGGGCCUGAAGGCAACCAAGGAAUUUUGGGCUGGAGAUGUAAUUUUUUCUGAGCCCAGUCUUGCAGCUGUUGUUUUUGACAGUCUAGCGGAGCGUAUUUGCCACAGCUGCUUCAGGAGACAAGAAAAACUCCAGAGAUGUGGCCAGUGCAAGUUUGCUCACUAUUGUGACAGAACCUGCCAACGAGCUGGCUGGGCUGAACAUAAGCAGGAGUGCAGUGCCAUCAAGGCCUUCGGAAAAGCGCCAAAUGAGAACAUCCGUUUGGUGGCUCGCAUCAUGUGGCGAAUUGACCAGGAGGGUAGUGUUGUGUCUGACAUGCAGAUAACUACGUUGGACGAGCUGGAGGAUCACCUUACUGAUCUGCAGGAGGAUGAGAUGAAGGAGUUCAAAGUGGACAUCCACAAUUUCCUAGAUUACUGGCCCCGAGGCAGCAAACAGCACACUGUGGACGAAAUCUCACACAUUUUAGGAGUGAUCAACUGCAAUGGCUUCACAGUGAGUGACCAGAGGGGUCUUCAGGCAGUAGGAGUUGGCCUUUUCCCUAACUUGUGCCUUGUGAAUCACGACUGUUGGCCAAAUUGCACUGUAAUCCUGAAUCACGGCAAUCAAUCAGCUGUGAAUACUAUGUAUCAUUCUCAACGGAGGAUUGAGCUGCGUUCUUUGGGUAAGAUCAAAGAGGGUGAGGAGCUGACAGUUGCAUACGUGGACUACUUGAAUUUAUCAGAGGAGAGAAAAAAGCUGCUGAAAACUCAGUAUUUCUUUGACUGCACAUGUGAGCACUGCACAAACCACAUCAAGGAUGAUCUGAAGAUGGGUGGAAAGGAGGUGGAAGGAGUCAAGCCUCCAGAAGAGCAGGUAAAAGAGGCAACAGACUUUUGCUUUGAAAUUCUGGAAAAGAUAGAACAGGCUCGACUAAAUGCUGACUACCAUGAGGUGGUAAAACUCUGCACACAGUGCAUUGAGAAGGCAGAGCCAGUGUUGGCCGACACUCACAUCUACCUGUUGAGAGUGUGGAGUGUAUUCAGUGAGGUACAGGCGUACCUGCAGUACUUUGAAGAAGCUGCUGACUAUGCCCGUAAAAUGGUGGAAGGAUACAUGAAACUGUACAACACCAAUAACGCCGCUCUUGGAAUGGCUGCCAUGAGAGCAGGAGUGAACCACUGGCAGGCUGGGCUGAUAGAAGUUGGACAUAGUAUGAUCUGCAAGGCAUACGCCAUUCUGAUGGUCACCCAUGGUGCAACACAUCCAAUCACAAAGGACUUGGAGGCGAUGAGGAUACAGACGGAAAUGGAGCUGAGGAUGUUCAAGCAGAACGAAUACGUUUACCACAGUAUGAGAGAUGCAGCAUUGAAGAAUAAACCAAUGAGCAUGAUGCACGAACCCAAGUCUAUGGAGGAAGGUAUCAAGAACCUUUUCCACCGCAAGAAGUAACCUCUGGAUCUCAGUCAAUAAAAUCAACCCAUUUACUUUAAA